AUGCCAGAGAGAGAAGCAAGGGAUUUCACUUUUCUUAUCAACGAUUACAUUGUGGAGAAGAAGGCUGAUGUGGUCAGAUGGAAUGGUAUUGGGAUCCCACUAUACAGGGACUUUCUAGUGAUAAUGGAAGGGGACAGAGAAGGCAGCAAGUCUGGAGCAGGCAUUGGAGCGGCACAAAAGCUCUUUAAGUUAAGCAUUACAACUGAUCACUGGCUAUUCGGGCGAGGAGAAAACCAAUCAGUUUUUUCAGGAAUCAAAAGCAAACAGGCUAGGAAUCUUACAUCAAUGGCUGAGCUAAAGGACUUGCAGUCCAAAGGAAAUGACUCCUUUUGCCUCCAAAAACCAUUUUGGGUUUGGCCUUUGAAAGCACAUUUUUACUUAGGGAACAAACACAAAGUGGAACGAUCACCCUUUAAAGAGCUGCCAUUGUACUGCUAUGAGACACUGGCUGGUGCUACACAAAAUUUUCAUCCACAGAGAAAACUGAGAUAUGUUUCUUUUGCUACAGUUUACAAGGGGAUUCUGUCAAGUGGUCAGGAAAUCGUAGUGAAAAGGCAUUCAGGCUCUCAACAACAAGAGAAUAUGGAAUUCAGGAAUGAAUAUAUGGUCAUGUCUCAGCUGCAACACCAUAACCUUGUUAGAGCCCUGGGUUGCUGUGUUGAAAGAAAAGAGAAAAUGCUAAUUUAUGAAUACUUGCCAAAUGGAACCCUGGACGCAAUUUUAUUUGAUCCUGGAAAACAGUCUUUACUUGAUUGGACGAGGCGCGAGAGCAUCAUUAAAGGGAUUGCGACAAGCCUCCAUUAUCUUAACCGAAAUUCAAGAUUCAAGGUUAUUCGUGGAGAUCUAACAGCAAGUAACAUCCUCUUAGAUAGAGAACUGAAUCCAAAAAUAUCAAUCUUCCGUGUUUCAAGAUUUUCCUUUCUAGCUUUGCUCCUUUCUCUUGAUACGGCUUCAGACUGCCUAACGGAGGGAUUAGUUUCGGAGAAGUCAGAUGUCUACAGCUUUGGGGUGCUGCUACUAGAGAUCAUACGUGAAAAGAGAUGCAGCACUGGUGGUAUUGGCACGGAUUACCUUGGACUGAUAGGAUGGGCCUGGAAACUGUGGAUUGAUAAUAAAACAGUAAAGUUGGUUGAUCCAGCGAUUCUAUCUCCAGGCAUUGAACUGGAAAUAGUGAGAUACAUCCACGUUGCACGUGUCUGUACGUGUUUCGAUGUUGAGCUUCCACCGCCCAAACUACCUGUUUAUUCUGCAUGGAAGAGUGUGCAUGGCAAUGAAAUUUGUGCACAACACGGAGAUUCUGUUAGGGAUUCAACAACUUGGAAGGAAGAUAGCAGUUUACCAUGUUGUUGUAGUGAAUGUACUAUCAUCAUUUUCUGGCUUUCGCAUUUUUCUGGCCAGUUUUCUUUGUACCUUUGCAGGUCACCUGGCGAAAAUGAUACGCCCGGGAUUCCAGCUCAAAAAAAGAACAAACAAAAUCAAAUUCAUUUGUCAUCAGCCUGUACUUCAGGCUGCUUCAUGUCGCCACUGAGAAAUACUCGGGUCUGGUCAUUUUUCUUUCUUUUUUUGUCUUUCAAUGAGGGAAUUAACUGGGUAACUUCCUGCGGUUUUCCCUCGAGAUUGGAGCAAUCGUCCAAGUCAACUGAGAUAUUAUUAUGGCUCAUUCUAGCUAUAAUUUGCCUGGGAAUUAACACUGAGAGCAAAGAAGAAUCCCUGCAACAGGAAAGCAAAGGUACACACAAACUUUUUCACUUUCGACCAGACAAGCAGGAAUAUAUGUUCUCUAUCAUUAGUCCAGUUUUGAUCUGGGUUCUUUUUCCAUGCAUCUUGUUGCCAAUCUUUGUGAAUUGUGAUGUUGCUUUGAAUUCUGGGUGUGAUCACCUCACCCUAACUGCCCUUGAUGGCCGUGAAUGGGUGGGAGAAUCAGUUUCCUCAUACUACUUGUCAGGCAAAUCAAGAAGCUCCACUGCAGGAGACCAAACUUCUUCAUUUCCGGGGUUUGAUCCUGUUCCUUAUAAAACUUCAAGAAUAUCUGCUACUGAGUUCCAUUACAAUUUUUACCUCGAGCCAGGUCAGAAAUUCAUCCGCCUUCAUUUUUUCCCUGCUUCUUAUCGUGGUUUUGAAAGAUCCAUUGAUUAUUUCAACGUCAAAGCUGGUCCCUUUACCCUUCUUAAGGAUUAUAGUGCCUCAUUUAUUGCUGAAACUUUGGGUGUAAAGUACAUCGUUAAGGAGUUCUGCUUGAACAUAGAAGAGAGCAAACACUUGAAAAUAAGUUUUAUCCCUUCUCAGAAUAGCAGCUUGAACCGCAAUGUACAUGCUUUUGUUAAUGGCAUUGAGAUUAUUUCCAUGCCAACUGGUCUCUAUUACACCCUGGAAGGUGAGGUAGGACCUCCUAUUGUCGGUUUAACUAAUCGAUUCUACAUUAUUGAUAAUAGCACUGCGCUUGAAGUGGUGCAGAGGUUCAAUGUAGGAGGGACCUCCAUCCCUCCAGUGGAAGAUGUUGGCCUUUUCCGUCGAUGGAAUCAGGAUACUGAUUAUUUUCUGGACUCAGCAGUCAUUCAAGUGAAUCAUCAGGAACUUAAGAUUAAGUAUAUAACCAUCCCAACAUUUAUAGCACCGCUAAAAAUUUUUCAGACAUCCUGGAAAAUAGGAAGAAGCCCUGGAGCAAAUCAGAUGUACAAGUUAAGGUGGAAGGUACCGGUAGAUUUAGGAUUUGGGUACUUAGUCAGGCUUCACUUCUGUCACCUUGAUUCCAUCGCAGACCUCGAGCAGAGAGAGUUCAGUGUUCUCAUAAAUAAUCAGAUUGCUGAGGCUAAAGCUAAUGUGAUCAAGUGGAGUGGUGGGGCUGGGAUUCCAGUUUACCGCGACUAUGUCAUAAUAUUAAAAGGUGAGUUUGAAGGAAGCAAAUCCAGUCUCUUGAUUGGAUUAGAAUCAUCGCAUGGAUCUGUCUUGAAACUCCUUAAUGGACUAGAGAUAUUCAAGUUGAGCGAUCUGAGAAACAAUCUAGCAGCUCCAAAACCAGUAUUUCCAGAAAGGAUAAUAACCUCUAAGGAUAAUGUGUCCUUGAUCUUCAGCAAAAUCAAUGUUUUUGGGACAGGCAUGACGAUCCUCAUUAUUUUACUUAGCCUGCUUACUUAUGAAGUGAGAUUUUUCUGGGAAGCGAAUCUCCAUGAUGGAAAACAUCCAGAAUCAGCCACUGUAGAAGAAUGUUCUUAUUUAUUCUCACUUGCAGACAUAAAGAAAGCAACCGAAAAUUUUAGUGAGGAACUUGUCAUUGGAAGGGGCGGGUUUGGCAGUGUGUAUAAAGGGUCCAUUCCUGGAGUUGCAAAGACUGCUGCAAUAAAACGUUUGAAUCCUAGCUCCAGGCAAGGGGCUCGUGAGUUCUGGACUGAAAUUGAAACGCUCUCCAAACUCCGGCACUAUCAUCUCGUUUCUUUGAUAGGAUACUGUAACGAGCACCAGGAGAUGAUUCUUGUUUACGAGUACAUGCCAUGUGGAACGCUGGCUGAUAAUCUAUACAAAUUUCCCAGAAAUGAGAAGGAAUUCACUCCUCUGACAUGGGAGCAAAGGCUUAGAAUCUGCAUUGGAGCUGCUCGUGGACUGGAAUACCUCCACACCGGCAGUCAAUAUGGAGUCAUACAUAGAGAUGUAAAGGAUACAAACAUCCUCUUGGAUGAGAAUUUUGUGGCUAAGAUCUCUGAUUUUGGGCUCUCUAAGCUUGAAAGGACGAGUCAUUCUAAGAGCUAUGUUAGUACAAAUGUCAAAGGCACAGUUGGGUAUUUGGAUCCAGACUAUUUCAGGACGCAUAGAUUGACAAGAAAAAGUGAUGUGUAUUCUUUUGGUAUCGUGAUGUUGGUAAUUUUGUCAGGGAAACCUGCAGUGAACUCCAGACGACCUCGGAGUAUGCUAACAUGCUUUCAAGAUUGUAUAGCAGAUGGCGAUUUUGGUAAAAUACUCGAUCUGUCGUUACAGGGGAAAAUUUCAUCAGACGGACUAGGAGAAUUUGUGAAUAUCGUUGGAAACUGCUUGCAAGAGAUGCCCAAGAGGCGACCUACUAUGUCUCAAGUGGUUGCAGAUUUGGAGCAGGUAUUGAAGAAACAUGGGGGCGAAAAUGGUUUUGCAUCAGUAGAUAUAGUUGACCAACCUUGUGAUCAGAGCAACAUUCAUUCGUUCCAUUUCCAGCUUAAAGCUGAGAGUAUUAUAUCCGCACCGUCAGAAGGAAUCACAAGUACAACGUCAAGGAAAAUGUUAGAUACACAAAACUCACUUACUAGAGGAGCGCAUUUGCAGCUGAGAGGACAGGACUCAGCUCCAGGUCGAAAGGCGUUGUGGGUUUGGCCAUGGAGGGCAGUCUGGAACAGAGGAAACAGGCGAAAUGCUCAAGAAUUAGUUCCUCAUACAUCAGGAAACAAGCUACAAGCUGUGGAAUCGUUUCCCGCAGAUGUCCUAUUGUAUGAUUAUCAAACAUUGGCUGAUGCAACACGUAAUUUUCAUCCCGAAAAUCUCAUUAGGUCAGGAGUUUCUGGCAACGUUUACAAGGGGACGUUGAGGAAUGGGGAAGAAGUUGUAGUGCGGACGCUAUUAAACGCUUCCAAUCAAGGCGACGUGGAGUUCAGGGGCGAAGUUGUAUCCAUGCGGAAACUGGAGCACCAUAAUAUCGUCAGACUCAUCGGCUGCUGUGCUGAAAGAUCACAAAGAAUGCUAGUUAAUGAGUACAUGCCAAGCCUGGAUGCCUAUCUAUUUGAUUCGGCGAAAGCAGAUUUACUGGAUUGGAAUAGAAGAAAAGUCAUCAUUGAAGGGAUUGCUUGCGGCCUUCUUUACCUUCAUCGCGAUUCAAAUGUCAAAACAGUUCACGGAGAUCUGAACCCAAGUAACAUUCUCCUGGAUAAAGAGCUGAAACCCAAAAUAUAUUGCCCUGACUUUGGGAGAAUACUCAAAAAACUCAGAGACCCAACAUCAACCCUGGUUUCAAGGGCGCAGUACUACAUGGCCCCAGAAUAUUUUAUACUUGGAAUAUUUUCAGAGAAGUCAGAUGUCUACAGCUACGGCCGGCUGAUAUUAGAGAUUAUAACUGGAAAGAUGGUAUUUUUUUGGGACAAUGGUAGUGUUCCGCAAUUCGAAAGAUGGGCAUGGAAGUUUUGGGAAGAAAAUGAGAUGAUAGAAGUGGAUCCUGCAAUAUUAUGUCCAGACACUGAAACGGAAAUUUCGAGAUAUGUUCAUAUUGGUGGGUUUCCGAUAGAGUUCCGGCAACCAGACGAUUUACAACUGACGUUGCCAUCAACUGUGGCUCCGAUGGGAAGUCAAUUGCGAGUAAUGGUCGUCAAUGGGUCAGAGAAUCGGCCUCCAAUUUCAUCCCUGGUCAACCCAGGUCAGAAAAUCCUUCGCCUUCAUUUUUGCUCUGCCUCCUACACUGGUUUUGAUAAGUCCUUCCCUCAAUUUAGUGUCAAAGCUGGUCCCUUUACACUCCUUAAAGACUACAAUCCUGCAGUCACUGUGAAUAGUUUGGGCACAAAGCAUAUUGUUAAGGAAUUCUUUCUGAAUGUGGAACCAAAUGAACAAUUGGCCAUAACAUUUUCUCCUUCUUUGAUUGGCGAAUCAAAGAGCAAAGUAUAUGCAUUUGUGAAUGGGAUUGAGAUCAUCUCCAUGCCUAUGGGUCUCUAUUACACUCCUGAACAUGAACUAGGAGCCCGUUUAAUUGGUAGCAAUCGGUAUUUCAUUGUUGAAAAUAGCACCGCCCUUGAAGUGAUACAGAGGUUGAACAUUGGAGGGAGCUCCAUACCCCCUGCAGAAGAUGUGAGCUUGUUUCGGCAAUGGAAUGAGGAUAUUAAGUACUUGGUUGAACCGAAAGCUCGCCGUGUGGAUCAUCUGGCGCUGAAGAUUAAGCUUUCAAAUGUUCCGGCAUUGAUUGCACCACCCAAAAUUUACCAGACAUGCUGGAAAACAGAUACAAGCAUGGUUAAGAAGAUGUAUCACUUUAAAUGGAAAGUUCCGAUAGACCUGGGAUUCGCUUAUCUAGUGAGGCUACAUUUCUGUGAGCUCAACUAUGGGAUGGCAGAAAGAGAGUCUAGGGAGUUCAGCAUUCUUGUGAACAAUCAGAUUGCAGAGGCUAAGGCUGAUGUUCUCACAUGGAGCGGUGAUAUUGGAAUCCCUGUGUACAGAGAUUAUGUAGUGAUAAUGGAAGGCAAUAAAGAAGGCAGAAACUCUGAUCUCUUGAUUGAAAUGCAAUCAAGAGAUGCAUUAGCUUUUGGACUCCUUAAUGGGCUGGAGAUCUUCAAGUUGAGCAACCUCAACAACGAGUUAGCUGCAGCUGCUCCAAAACUUGAGUUUCCGAAAAGAAUGUAUCUAGCUUUUGGCCUAACCAAUCGCACUGGAACAUCCUUAAGGCUAUCCUCUAUGAUCUUAUUCUUGGCUGUUGUCCUAAUCUACUAUAUCUUGGUGAAACUUGGGAAAAAAAAGUCCCAAGUUAAAAAAUGUGCACAGUCAGUCUCGGUGAAACCAUCUUGCCUUCGCUUCUCGCUUGCUAAGAUCAAGAAAGCAACCCAAAACUUCAGUGAGGCAUCAGUCAUUGGGAGGGGUGGAUUUGCUGUAGUUUAUAAAGGGUGCAUUCAGGGCAUUGCCGGGUCUGUUGCCAUAAAAAGGUUAAAGUCCAAUUCUACGCAAGGAGCUCAGGAAUUUUGGGCAGAAAUCAAAACACUUUCAGAACUCCGGCACAAACAUCUUGUGUCAUUGAUUGGGUAUUGCAAUGAGUCUGGGGAGAUGAUUCUUAUCUAUGAAUACAUUUCUGGGAAACCUGCAGUGGACAAAACAAAACCAGGAGAACCACUGAGUCUCAUAUUGCGCUUCCGGCAAUGUAUGGCAGAUGGUGAUAUCAAAAGCAUGGUAGAUCCCGACAUAAAGGGGGAAAUUCCAUCAAAGGUAUUGGCAAAAUUUGUGAAAGAUAUCGAAAGCUGCUUGCUCCCGUUGCCCAAGAAACGACCUACCAUGACUCAGUUGGUGGUAAGUCUGGAGCAGGCAUUGGAGCAUCAUCUGGAUAGAGUCAAAUCUCCUCCACCAAUGGAGAAAAUCAGGGCCAAAUCUACUCAGGGUACUUCCUCAUCCUUUGGAAGAAAAGAAGUACAGGUUACUGGAAGGGGAUCAAAACCUGUCCGGAAACCAUUCUGGAAUUCGUUAGUGAAAGAUCUUUGGAACACUGAUGAUGAAUUGGUGAUCGAUUGGCCUUUCAAUGGAAUGAAGAUGAAAAUCGACCGUUUUCUUGGAAGAUCUGUCGAGAUUCCUACGAGGCGUAGUUAUUUAGGACAAUAA